ACACCACCACCAAGAUACCCAUCCGCCAGUCUCGGGACAGACAGUCAAUAUGGGCAAGGGACUCAAGAAGCACCAGAAGCGCCUUAGCGCGCCGUCGCACUGGCUUCUCGACAAACUGUCGGGCACCUACGCUCCCCGCCCGUCUCCUGGUCCUCACAAGCUCCGCGACUGCUUGCCCCUGAUCAUCUUCCUCCGUAACCGCCUGAAGUAUGCGCUCAACUACCGCGAGACUAAGGCCAUUCUCGCCCAGCGCCUCAUCAAGGUCGACGGCAAGGUCCGCACCGACACCACCUACCCCACCGGCUUCAUGGACGUCAUCACCAUUGAGAAGACCGGCGAGCACUUCCGCCUCAUCUACGACACCAAGGGCCGCUUCACCGUCCACCGCAUCCAGGCCGAGGAGGCCGAAUACAAGCUCGGCAAGGUCAAGCGCGUCCAGCUUGGCCGCGGGGGAGUCCCAUUCUUGGUCACGCACGAUGCAAGGACCAUCCGCUACCCCGACCCUCUGAUCAGGGUCAACGACACUGUCAAGAUUGAGCUCGCCACCGGCAAGAUCACCGACUUCAUCAAGUUCGACACUGGCGCCAUCGUCAUGGUCACUGGUGGUCGUAACAUGGGCCGUGUUGGUGUUAUCACCAACCGUGAGCGCCACGAUGGUGGCUUCAACAUUGUCCACAUCAAGGAUGCCAUUGACAACACCUUCGCUACUCGUGAGAGCAACGUCUUCGUCAUUGGCUCGGAGAAGCCCUGGAUCUCCCUGCCCAAGGGCAAGGGUGUCAAGCUCACCAUUGCUGAGGAGCGUGACCGCCGCCGUGCUCACGGUAUUGCUGGCCAGUAAGCGUCUUUUUAUGUCCAGGACGAGGUCGGUAAAUGGAUAAUGGGAUUGGGAACACAUGGGUGAAUCCAAAAAAAGAGGGUUGAUUGCAAAGCAUGAAUCAUC